GCCCCAAGUUUCUGCUGUGGGAGUCCGGUGAACGUUCACACGGUAUGACCGCCUGAGGCGCUAAUUUCCCGAACCAUAUUCCUCUCUCUCUUUCUCUCUCUCGCUGCCUUCUCCGACGAACCCUAAUGCCUCCAUAUCUGGAUCAUAGUUGAUUGAAUUAUGUACCUUGCUUCAUAAGGUUUAUCAUAUUGUAAAAGGAGAUAUUGUGGCAAUCAUCAUGGGAAGCAAAAGCUGUAUACCUCCUCCGCAUCUGCGACGGCCUCUUCCUGGUCCUGGCUUGCUGAAACCAGAUCCAUUUGGUCCAGGCAUUCAUCCCCUGCCUGGUGCUUUUCCUUUCGAUAUGUUGCCACCUCCGGAAAUUAUGGAGCAGAAGCUUGCUGCACAUGAUGUGGAAAUGCAAAGACUUGCAUCAGAGAUUGAAAGUUUUGCAGCUACCCAUUAUUCUUUGAGGAAGGAAUUAUCUGCUGCACAACAGGAGUUGCAGAGAUUGCAGACUGACAUGGGUACCAUUGGAGUGAUCAAGAGCAACAAUUAAGAAUGCUCUUGGAUAAUAUUUCAAAGAUGGAAGCUGACUUGAAAGCUUCUGAACCUGUUAGUGUAGAUUUGCAGCUGGUUCAUGCAGAAGCUUAGAGCUUGGUAGUAGCAAGACAGGAGCUAAUUUCCAGAGUACAACAGCUGACUGAGGAUUUGCAGAGGAGCCAUGGUAAUGUCCAGCAAAUCCCAUCAUUGAUGUCGGAACUUGAGGUCCUUGACAAGAAUAUCAGGAUUGUAGAGCCACAUAUGAUUCUGAGAGGAAACUGCACAUGGAUCAUUAUGAGUCACUUCAAGUAAUGGAGAACUAUGUCUCCAUGGUAAGAGAAGUAGAAAAAUUAUGUGCUUGAUUGAGAAAAUCUACUAACCUUGUCAGAAGUGGUGGGCAAUUUGGAGCAAAUGCUUGGGCUUACAAGGAAAACGAUGCAUUUGGACACCAUCCUGUAGGAUAAAAUGCUUAUGAAGAUGGUUAUGGAGUCUCUCAGGAGCAUGGUCCUUCUGUUGGUGCAGUUUGGUAUGGUAGAGCUGCAGCUGGAUCUGUGGCUGCACGGGAUCUACAUGAUGCCCCAAGAGGCCAUGCAUAUGAUGCUUCUAAAGGAUCUAGUUUCAGUUCUCCAAGAGUUCAGCCUAUAAUGCUGCUGGAGGUAGCAGCUAUGAUGGACCUAGAGGCACUGGUUAUGAGGCCUCCGUGGCUUCUGGAUAUGAUGCACCUAAGGUAGUCAUGUGGAACGCUGCUGCUUCCUAUGGAUUAACAAAUGCGAUAUCUUAUGGAGCAGCAGCAGCUUCACCACUCCAUAGUUCAACACAACAAGCAACAUAUGGAUCUGGGCAGACUCCACCUGCCUAUUUAUCAACAUAAGAAGCACCAUAUGGAUUGAGGCACCUUGUGACGGAAACACCGGACAUAGAUAAAUUGAAAUUGACCUACGGAGCAGUUUUUUUGGCCCACACGGUAAAUACCCCUAUGAUGGAUCUUAAUCAUCAAAAUCUUACCCUUUUUGUUUUGGAUCCUGCCACAUUGAACGGAAGUGGCUACAAUGUGUUGCCCAUGAUUUUGAAGACAUAAAUAUACACAUCUGUUUGUUUGGAAGUUCUUCAUGAACUUCUGGUUUGUUAUUAGACGUCGAUUGCUUCCUGCUUUUAAUGUAUGCAUGCUCUAGUGUAUUACAGAUAUUUUAUUUUAACAAUGUUUCUCUGGCUUUUACCAUUUAACUUGAUGAAGGCAACAACAUUGCCCUAGUUAGCAAUGCUUCAGGGACAUCUGGUUAUUUCAAAAUGUACGGAAUUAAGAUAGUCAAAGCAAGGGGAGAACGCAAACCACAGGUAGCUCUUAUCUACCAUGACAGACUCCUAUAAUCUUCACACAACCAGCAACAAAUCUUCACCUUUGACAUGCCAAGAUGCUGAUGAAAGUUGCUGUGCAUAAUUGAACAAAUUGCAGUAAAGGCAGUGUCUGGUUGAAGGGGCAAUGACUGUAACAUGGAAUGAAGCUGAUGAACAUGAUCUGUGGAGACUAGUGAAGGUAUGAUCUGAACAGAAUCCACUCAGAUGUGAUUGCCUGUAUUCAGCAAUAUUUUCCACCCACCAGUGUACUCAUCUAGGUUACUCAGGUAAGUGGACUUUAGUCAACUGAAUUUAUCUAGCUCUUCGUGUUCUCUUUUUUCUUUUAUGACUCACUUUCUGUUCACCUGUUACCAUGCUAAUAAUUCUAAUUAGACAAGUUCGAAUUAAACUAGUCGGGACUAAAAUAUAUGGGAUUGGAUACCAAUGGAAUCCAAAGAUUUGAGACUUUUAACUUGUAGAACAAACUCAACAUAUGUCAUGAAAAUUUACUAAAAUGAUUACAUUUUUAGUCUUCUCUUAAAUAUUCUCACACAAAAGUGUUUUCCUAAUAUGGAUGGAAGUGUAUGGAUAUUUUAGGGACUGCCUUCCAUUCAUGGAGGAGAGCAAGCUUUUGAUCAUUUGAACUCAGUUGUCUCUAGAGUUACUUCCACCCUUCUAUUACAGGCAUGUGUUGCACUCUUCAAGAAGACACAGUUCAAGAGGGGAUUCCCUGCUUGCAUACCAGCCAUGGCCGUCGUCAAAGAUCAUUCUCGAACAUUCGGGAUUUUUUUUUUGGUAAUUAUGAAAUAUGGGGGAAUAAUGAAGAAAAAUAAAACUCGGUGUCGACCGCGUGGUGCGUUGGCAGCAUUUGGAGCGUCGGAUGUGCACCCGUGAGGGUUACGAAUAGAAGAGAUCACAUGCGCGUAAACCACACGCGUAUGAAAACACCGUGCGAGAACACCACCCACGGCCGACGACGGCAGCUUUUGGUGCACCCGUGACGAGGGUUCUGCAGUGGCGAACUCUGCAAUCUUGCCGACGACUUCUCCUGCGGUGCUUCGAAUGUGAUCGUGGUGACAAAACAAGGACGGUAUGGCUGAGGGAGGGAAUCAGUAAAAGCACUCUUCACACCACACUCGCAUGAAGAACACAAAAUAUUAAUUAGCAUUGCAGUGAAGGAAGAAGACAGGGGCAACAAAGAUAUGUUCCCCUUCCCCCACACACGCAUCUCCAGAUGCCAACCAUGCCUCACUGGUCCCUUCUCAAACGGAAUGAUGGGUGGCCAAACCCAGGGAAUGUUGGAUUCUAAGUUUCCCCACCACCGCCUUCCGCCUUCCUUUUCACCUUGUCCGUUUCUUGCUUCCUCCCACACUCUCCUUACUCCGACGGAGCUUUAGUGUUUUCUCUUCAUUUCUCAUGUGCCAUUGGUAAUGGUAAUGGCUUUGUGGAUGGAUGCAUUGAAUCAUCCAUUCCAUUUUGAUGGCAAAUUCGUGACAACUCGAGCAGAGAAAACCAGGAAACAUAUGUUCUUCAUGGGAAGAAUCUAAUCAAGCUUAGGUUGGAUGCAUCAGCGAGUCUAGGAAACUAGAGUACAUCAUAUGGACCCUUUUGAGGGUCAUCUUUAACAUAGUUAUUCUUUGAGGAGCAUCAUUAGCUGUCCUCCUCCUCUUGUAAUUGCUGGAAGGGAACAAGUUCCCUUCCCUCUCUCACUCUUGCUCUCUCAUCUCUCUGCUUUUAAGUAGUCCUGCAACUCUGCCAUCAAAAGACAUGAACAUCUUGUCAUUCCAUAAUCUGUCAUCAAUUUGUGCCAGACACACCUCCCAAGCAAGUGACCCACCAAAUAUUUCCAUUAUUUGUUUUCAUCGGAAUAACAAUCCACCACUUCAUCUCACUUCUAACUUGCUGCAUCUGGCGAGCAUGUCUGCGCUCCCCACUUCCUUGCACUCUUAAAAAACUCUCCUUUUCAUUCCAUCAAGACAGCAAAUUCUACAGACUUGUCUACUGUCUCCUGCCUCAAGGGAGGAGGAUUGGUAAUAGGAGGCUGCCUGGUGUGUGAAAGAGGAAUCCCACGAAUGAUUUCACCACCUGACUCCAUCAAGCCUUAAGCUGAACACCUGCCGUGCCUGCUCUCGAGUAUCUGUUAUUUGGAGACUGGCACACAAUGAGCUCGAUGAGAGCAAGGAAGGGCAGCACUCUGGUCUUUUGGUCGGUCUUCUUCUUCCUCUGGACUAUCGUAACUGCUACACUUUCCCCCAAAGGUGUCAACUUUGAAGUGCAAGUUUUGAUGGGUAUAAAAGCUUAUCUUGUGGAUCCUCAUGGUGUUCUCGAGAAUUGGGACCAGGACUCUGUUGAUCCAUGCAGCUGGACUAUGGUCACAUGCUCACCUGAGAACUCAGUCAUUGGCCUGGCAACUCCAAGCCAGAAUCUCUCUGGUACUCUCAAUCCAAGCAUAGGAAACUUGACAAACCUUCAAAUUCUGUUCCUGCAGAACAAUAACUUGUCGGCGCCGGUACCACCAGAAAUUGGGAAGCUCUCCAAGCUUCAAACCGUUGAUCUGUCCAACAACUACUUCUCCGGCAAAAUCCCUGCCUCGGUGGGCAAUCUGAAUGGUCUUCAGUACAUGAGGCUUAAUAAUAACAGCCUUACUGGAGCAUUUCCUGCAUCUUUGGUCAAUCUUUCACAACUUGCUUUUCUGGACUUGUCUUACAAUAAUAUCAGCGGCCCUAUACCUAAGCUUCCAGCGAAAACGUUCAACAUUGUUGGAAAUCCUUUAAUUUGUCCAUCAGCUUUGAAGCAAAAAUGCUUUGGAAUGAUGCCCAUGCCAAUGUCCUUCGACAUGAACAAUUCACAAAGUGCUCCAGCUUUGGUGAGGCCCAAAAGCUACAAAGUCAUUCUUGCAUUUGGAUCCACCUUUGGGAGCAUCUGCUUAGUUUGUCUUGGCUGUGGACUUUUUCUCUGGUGGAAGCAAAGUCAUGACCAACAGAUAUUCUUUGAUGUCAACGACUUACAACAUGAAGAACUCUGCCUCGGUAAUCUAAGAAGGUUUCACUUCAGGGAGCUUCAGAUAGCAACAAAUAACUUCAGCAGCAAAAACAUACUAGGCCAUGGUGGCUUUGGAAAUGUCUAUCGAGGGACGCUGCAAGAUGGAACUUUAGUCGCCAUCAAAAGGCUCAAGGAUGGAAAUGCUGCAGGUGGCGAGAAACAAUUCAAAACUGAAGUUGAAAUGAUCAGCUUAGCAGUGCACAGAAACGUCCUUAGGUUACUUGGUCUUUCCAUGACUGCCACAGAAAGGCUUCUUGUUUAUCCGUACAUGUCAAAUGGAAGUGUUGCUUCCCGACUCAAAGCAAAACCAACAAUAGACUGGAGUACCAGAAAAAAGAUAGCUUUGGGAGCUGCAAGGGGCCUUCUUUAUCUGCAUGAGCAAUGUGAUCCCAAGAUCAUUCACAGAGAUGUAAAAGCUGCCAAUAUACUGCUGGAUGACCACUGCAAGGCUGUCGUGGGAGACUUUGGACUAGCAAAGCUUCUUGAUCAUAGGGAUUCACAUGUAACUACAGCUGUGCGGGGAACCGUGGGACACAUAGCACCAGAGUAUCUCUCGACGGGCCAGUCCUCUGAGAAAACAGAUGUAUUUGGUUUUGGAAUCCUCCUCCUCGAACUGAUUACUGGUUUGGGAGCCGUAGAAUUUGGUAAGGCAGCAAACCAGAAAGGUGCCAUGCUCGAUCGGGUUAGGAAGAUUCACCAAGAAAAGAAACUUGACAUGCUGGUUGACAAGAAUCUGAAGAGCGACUACGACCGGGUUGAGCUGGAAGAGAUCAUCCAAGUGGCACUCCUGUGCACGCAGCACGUUCCAGGCCACAGGCCAAAGAUGUCUGAGGUGGUUAGCAUGCUCGAAGGUGAUGGUCUCGUAGAGAGAUGGGAGGCCUCUCAGAGGAUGGAGGCUCAUAAGCUGACGGUGCCCGAGACCUUCUCGACACGUUACUCCUCCAACAUCACCGAUGACUCCUCAUUACUGGCACAAGCUAUUGAGCUUUCUGGACCAAGGUGAUCGAUCGAUGAUGAUAGUUGAUUGUCAUAACCAAGAUGCCUAUAAUGCUAUGCGAAGAGAUUGUACAUAUCAUAUCAGGGCCAUUAAUCUCUGUUAAGAAUAUAUACGAUAACAUGUGUUAUUGCAUAGCAAUAAAUUAAUUUUAUGCUUUUGUAUAGAAAUAAAUUGAUCAUACAUGUGUUAUGAUAAGUUCACAAUGAAAUGAAAAGUAUAGUUGAAUGCUUA